AUGGCCGGCAGUGAAACUCUGUCUGAUCCAGCGGCUUUUGGGUUGUCACCGUUCAAAACCUUCAAUGUCAGGCUCAAUACAGUGGAUCGGGAGCGACUCGGCAGUUGGCAUGUCCUGCCCGACUCUCUAGUGAGCAUGGAUGGCAGCGUAUCGGAGAGAGAGAUCGACAACACGUUCAAAACACACCCAACUGUGAUAUUCGCGCAUGGUAACGCAGCUACACGCGCAAUGAGCGGUCGUGUAGCCACUGCCGCCGUCAUGUCCAACAAGCUCGAUGCUAAUGUUAUAUCAUUCGAUUAUCGCGGUUUCGGUGACUCGAGUGGGUUGCCGUCAGAGAAAGGUCUCACACUAGAUGCGCAAGCUGCGUACGACUAUGCUAUCAGUAGAGGCGCUACACCUGACAAGAUCAUACUGCUUGGUCAGUCUUUGGGUACUGGCGUGGUUACUAACUUUGCUAGAAAACUAUCGAGCCAGGGUAUCGAGAUACGCGCAGUCGUUCUUGCUGCUCCAUUCUCUUCCGUCACUAAGUUGCUUGAAACUUACAAAAUCGGUGGUCUGUUUCCCCUCUUUAGUCCUUUGCGCUCCCUUCCGCAGAUCAGAGAAUAUUUGUUCACGUUCUUGAGGCAUAAGUACGACACAGGCGACAAUCUACAUGCCAUCUCAUCCCCUGUUCUGAUUGCGCAUUCGGUGGAUGAUAUCGAGAUACCUGUCGAGCACUCUAUCUCGUUAUUUAAGAGCCAAGUCAGUAACAACAAGACAAAAUCACACGAAAUCACCUCAUUGACAGGCCAUAAAUGGGGUGUUUUGGAGUAUACCGAUGCAUCAGCCCAGAGAGGACUGCUGCUUACUCAAAAAGGUGGUCACAAUGCAGUUGUCUGGUCUGAAGGAUUAGCCGAAACAAUGCUCAUGUUUAUGAGUAACAGCGGGCACGCAUAUGACGCUCACUACUAG